AUGGCAGAGGAAACCAGAGUGAUCCUCCAUGGAAACAGACUUAGCCCUUAUGUUAAGAGGGUGGAAAUGGCCCUCAAAAUCAAAGGCAUACCCUAUGAGUUUGUGGAAGAAGAUUUGAAGAACAAGAGUCCAUUGCUCCUCAAGUACAACCCUGUUCACAAAAAGAUUCCUGUACUUGUCCACAAUGGAAAACCCCUUGCUGAGUCUCUUGUCAUCCUUGAAUAUAUUGAUGAAGCCUGGAAAACUAGCCCUCAACUUCUACCAGAAGAUCCAUAUAGAAGAGCCCGAGUUCACUUUUGGGCUAGCUUUCUGCACCAACAGUUGUUUGAGGCCAUUGUCUUAGUGAUCAAAACAGACGAAGAAGCACGACAGAAAACGAUCAAAGAAAUGUUUAACAAACUGAAGUUACUCGAAGACGGAGUGAAGGAUUUAUUCUCAGAUGGCAUUCCUUUGGUGGUUGACAACAAUAUCAAUGUAGGUCUACUAGAUGUGCUCAUGUUUUCUAUCUUUGAUUCAUAUGAGGCUCAUGAACAAGUCCUUGGAAUAAAGGUGAUAGACCCUGAGAAGACACCAGUAAUAUAUUCCUGGAUUAAAUCUAUAAAUGAGCUACAUGUGGUGAAAGAGCUGCAUAUCCCUCAUGAAAAAGUGCUGGCAUCUGUCAAGCUUUUUAGAAAAUUGUCUAUGAAUUCUACUGCAGAGACUUGA